AUGAAUGUGGGAAUUUUCAACAGAGUCAAUUUUAAGAGCAAGGACAGUGACGGCAUGUAUUCAGAAUGGACGUCGCUGCCCUUGGAAGGUGGUGGACACGGGGUGUUGGGUGCAGUUGGAGGACGCGAUGUAGUGCUGGCAGUUGUCAAGCAACUGGCCUCACAUCAGCCCAGCCCACUCACUACCGAUACGGAGGUGGAGUGGGUGCUGGAGGUGGUGCGGUACGGGCUGGCGCUGCCGCUGGGCGAGCACGAGGCGCUGCGCGCGUGCGUGCGCGUGUGCUGCGCGUGGCUGGGCGCGCUGCUGCCGCCCGCGCCCGCGCCCAUGCCGCCGCCGCCCGCCGUGCCGCCGCCGCUGCAGGCCGACCCGCACCGCUACGCCGCGCGCAUCCUCAGCCACCUGCACAACCUCUUCGUGCCCAGGCCCGACGACAGCGCGGACUUGAUCAGCAAGCAGGCGGUGCUGUGCCACCGCGUGCUGCGGCUGGCGCGCGCGCUGGCGGAGGGCGGCGCGCUGGGCGGGCGCGAGUGGCGCGCGCUGCUGCUGCUGCUGCUGGCCGCCGCCGCCGCGCUGCUGGCGCCGCCCGCGCCGCACCACGGCGCCGCCGACCAGCUCUGCGAGCGCGUGCUCUGCGUGCUCUUCGAGGUCUGGAUCCUCGCCUGCCACAGGUGCUUCCCAUCGCCGGCGCUGUGGCGCACGCUGCGUGAGCAGUGCGUGCGCUGGCGGCACCGCGCGCCUCUCACCGAGCAGUGGGCGCGCGCCUCGCUCUGCCUCACCGCGCGCCUGCUCGCGCACAUGUACGGACCGCUGUUCCCCGCCAUGCCCGUCGGCGAAGAAGAUGCGAACCUAGUGCCGGCAGACAUGAGCGCCGAAGCGGUUAUGCAAACUUGGUACCGAAUACUGCACACCAUCGGGAACCCCGUGGAUCUUUGUCGACCACACAUUAUCAGUCAAACGCCAGAGUUUUUGCAGUACUCCAUGACCGCCGAAGAAGGUGCUCGGGAUCCCAGCACCCACCCGUGCCUUCAGGCACUCCCCUCAAUCUUCCUCAAGGCAAUGAAGGGAAUCGCCGCUCACGUGGACGCCUUUCUGGGGCGCGGCACGGAGCGGUGGCGCGACUGGUGCGGGAGCGCGGGGGGCGCAGGGGGCGCGGGGGGAGCGGGGGGCGCGCCCGACCCGGACGACGAGCUCACGCCCCCUGCGCACCGCCGCCUUGCCAAGUCAUUCAGCGUCGCCUCGCGGCCGCGCGACAAGCUCGCCGAACGAAGUACGCCGCGUACUUCCCUGAUCGGUCUGACAGGAAGCCGCCCCUCCAGCGUGGUUCCAACUACGCCGCCUAAUUCUAUGUCGUCUCAAGUGGACGAGACCGAGAAACCUCCCCUAACACCGUUACGUCCAAAAGUGAACUCUAUCUUACAUCUAUUUGGCGAAUGGUUGUUUGAAGCAGCUCUUAUCGGCACCACACCCUCGCCUAAUAACAAUCAACAGCGAGCCGAAGGCACACCGCCUCCUCCAUCCCUCUCCGACGCUACUUACAGGUUGAAUAUGAUGAGUUAUCAACCAGGGCGUGCCGUGGCGCUGGGCGCGCUGUGCCGCGUGGUGUGCUCGAAGCAGUGCCGCGAGGAGGUGCUGGCGCCGUACCUGGCGCGCACGUACGCCGCACUGCGCCGCGGCCUGCGCGACCCCGCCACCGCCGCCGCCGUCGUGCUGCACGCGCACCACAUGCUCAGAUUAGACCUCGACGGUGUAUUAGUUCUUGUACCCGACUUCAUCACGGCUCUGGAUCUUAUACUUUCGGAAAGAGAGCCUAAAAUCGACUGCACAUCAAUUGAUAAACGGGAGCUAAGGAAAGCAGCCAUCAGCCUUCUGCUGUCUCUGGUGGCUUUCCCUUACCAUUACAGGGGAUUGGCCGUGCCGGAGUUUCCAGGAUGUAAUGAAUACGGCGGCAUGACGAUCGGCGAGUACGCGCGGGGGCGGCUGUCGCUGGUGUGCGUGUCGGCCGUGCAGGUGGAGACGUCGGAGGCGCUCGCCGUGCCGCUGCUCAGCGCGCUCUACCUGUGCGUGCUGCACAACGCGUACGUCGCGCCCGCGCACAGCCCGCCCUCCGCCACCUCGCACUCCACCGACUACAGAGCGCGGUCGGACGAGGGCGCGGCGGGCGAGCGCGCGCAGGACGACUUCGCCGCGGACGUUAGGGAGCUCGACCCCACGUCACCUGCUUUCGGAGCUGCAUUAGUCGUGAGAGCUACGUAUCUGGUGUGCCACCGCUUGAUAUCGUCCUGGAAGGGCGACCUUCAGGUGUCUCUAGCAGCUUUGGAACUCUUAUCUGGCUUCGCGAAAUUACACUCAGUGAAACCAGAGGCCGUGGAGCGCAAGCGCGCGGUGCGCUGGAUCUGCGACUACAUCGCGGUGCAGUGCGGGCGGCCGCCGCAGGCGCACUCGCGCGACCUGCACUCGUGCGUGGUGGCCGCGUACCAGUGCCUGGCCGCCUGGCUGUGCCCCGCGCUGCUCGCCGACCAGCACUGCCUCACCGCGCUCAUGGAGGUCGUCGAGCUCGGCAUCUCCGGCUCCAAGAGCCAAGGAAAACCAGGUGAACCGCCAAAGAUGAAAGAUGAAAAGGAAUUGAAGCCAGUGUCGAUGAGGGUGCGUGACGCUGCCGAAUCUCUGCUGAUGCUUAUUUUGGAACAGGUGAUCUUUUUUCCCGCCGCAUGCAUUUGGAGAUCUGUCUGUUCAGAUGCCUGUAUGCUGUCAAGUCUGUUGAAGAAUGGCGGGUGCGGGGGCUGGGGCGGCGGCGGGCGCUGGUGCCGGCUGGACGAGCGCUGGCUGGCGGCGCUGGGGCACGGCCGGCUGCGCCACUUCGCGGCCGACGGCACCACGCUGCUGGCGCUGCUCGAGGAGCCGCUGGCCAACAGCCAGGAGCCGCAGCCCACGCUCGUCGUGAUAAUCCGAUGCGCGUGGGGUCGGUACGCGUGGUCGCUGAGCAGCCGUGGUGCGCCGCGAUGUGCCACCCGUGGGGCGACCGCUUGCGCGCGCCCCGUGCCCAUGCUGGAGCCGCCGGCGCGCGCGCCGCCCGCCUGCCUGCCGCUGCCCGCCGCGCCGCCCUGCGCCGUGGAUUCGGCGUUUCCAAGUUUGGAGGCUGUAUUGCGGCAACUGAAUGAUCCAGAUGCUCCAACUUUGUUCAAAUUAUUGGAACAACAGGCAGCUAUUGAAAAACGUGUAAAAGAGAGCGAAGAUAACGUUACACCCGAAGAAUAUGUACCACCGGAACCCGUGACUGAAUUUCAAACUGCCAGACUUUUUCUCUCUCACUUCGGUUACCUGAACAUCGGCGGUGAUAAAAAGGGCGGGAGCGGACGGCUGUGCGCGCUGGAGGCGGGUGCGGCGGGCGGGGUGGGUGCGGGGGGCGCGGCGGGGCUGGGCGCGGCGCUGCGGCGGCUGGACGCGGCGGGCGCGCGCGCGGCGCUCACGGUGCACGUGGCGUACGCGCGCGCCGGCCAGCGCGCCGCGCACCACAUCGUCGCCAACGCGCACGCGCGGGACCUCGCGCCCGCCUACAUACACAUGCUGCGCGGGCUGGGGCGGGCCGUGCGCGUGCGCGGGCACGCGGGCUGGGCGGGGCGCGCGCGCGCCAGCUACGACGCGCAGCACGAGCACGAGCACGAACACGAGCACCGCGCACCGCCGCCGGACGAACGCACGCCCGCCAUCUACGACGGACGCGAACAGGUAUUAUAUUGGUCUGAUUCAACGGAUGAGAUAGCAUUCAUUGUGCCUUCUGGGUACGAGAUCGCUGACACCGAGGACAGACUAAGCCAGAGCGACAGUCUCAAGUCUUACGUUGAUGGGCCCUGCCUCUCCACAUGCUCAAAGGGUCCGGAGAGGGGGGGCGAGAGCGUACCAGCAGGUGGUGUGGGCGGGCAGUACUUGCGCAGCUGCAGCGAGUCGGAACAUGGCGAAGUACGUGCUCCGCUUGCAGACAGUGCGCGCACGCUCUCACUAGAUCUCGACAAGCAGCCCGACAAGAUACAAGAUAAGCAGCACGCACUCACAGGUAGUGGAAGAAGGAAUAGAGACUUCACUCCAAAAAUUCUCAUUAUAUGGUUGGAAGAUUUCGAAGAUCAUCUGAAUUUACCAAUCGACGAGCUGCUGCGAUACUGCGAGACGGGUCUGCCGUGGCGGCGGCAGGAAGUGAACGUAGUGUGCGUGAGCGCGAUCCGCAGCGGGCUGGUGCGCGUGCACGUGGGCGUGCCCGCCGGCGUGCUGGCCGACGGAGCGCUGCUGGCGCCGCGCGCGCUGCCCGCCUGCCUGCGCCGCGCCGCCACGCACCUGGCGCGCCGCAGCAGGCUGCAGGCCGAGCUGUACCAACCACCACAUGUGCGGCGACGUCACAUGAUCCAAGAGAUCGUGCAACAAUACAAAAAGGAUUUAUCAGAGCCGGAGCUACUCGAAUCGUUAUUCCGCCCGCCUUAG